AUGCUCGACUGCAUGCGGUCGCCGCAAGGAGACGAGGGCAGACUCCUCGUUGACGAGAUUAUUAUGGGGGAAAUAGGGAUGCCACUCGGGCCUGCCUGCCGCGCGGAUUGUUCAGCAUUGCAUUUCUUGGGGGAGGCGGCGCGCGCUACGCUUCACGCAUCUGGCGAAGGACGUGUAUGUAGCCAUACGGACACUAUUGCGAGAUGCAGAUCCUACUACUUUCGUCUGGCCCCUCAGCUGUGCCGUGUGAACAGGAAGCGUGCCGCCAAGGGGGAAGCCCCUUUUCGAUUGGCUGAAAAUAUGCUGAAGAUCUACAUCUACACCGACACUUAG